GCAGGGGCCUAUCUUGGUGAAGCGGGGAAGAACGAUAAAAGGCUAAAAUGUGCGGAAAUGUGGUGAAUGGGGCUGUAUCGGAGCGGGUGAUCGUGUGAAACGUGUUUGAGGGAAGCAGGAGAGCGGCCGGGUGGCUGUACUCUCCGGCUGGCAGCGCUGUGUGUGUAAAAUGGAGGAAGUUAGCUAGGUUAACGUUCGCCUUUGUUUAGGACGAAUGGCCGAGGGGCUUCAGAAACGUCCCGGCGGUUGUUCUGUAGGGCUCGGGCGCAGUUGUGCGGGGUUUGGGGAUGUGUUGAGGCUGUCCCUGGUACGGUGUGGGGGUUAUUUGGUGGGGUUUGUGGAGAUUUGUGGCCUGGUGUGUGUCUGUAUUAGUAGUAGGCUAGCUAUGCUUAUAUACUGGGUAUAUAUAUACAGGGGGGUUGGGUAGUAGAUAGGUAGGUUAGCUAGCUAGCUAGCUUACUAGCUAGCUGCUGCUCUCUCUCUCACUCUCUCUUUCUUUCUCUCUGUGUCUGUCUCUCUCUCUUCCUAGCACGCACACACACACACACACUCUCUCCCUCUCUCUCUCUGUCUCUCUCUCUCUCGCACACACACACACACACACACACACACUCUCAGCCACCAGGGCUUUCUGCUUUAACAUGACCAGGGCAGCAGAAGAAGCCAGCCAGCAGCCAAUGUUAGUUAGUUAACCUAGCUAAGCUAAUGUUUGCCCAUACUAAGCUAAGCGAGGUUGGCACACAGCUAGCCGAGUGUUUGGGUCCAUUUUAACUCAUUUUUAAUGGACUCAGCUAAUGAAUUGAUGUGUUUUCUGGCGGAGAGGCGAUAGACAGAGAAGGGAAGGAUGAGUGCUGAGGCCGGGCCUAAGCACAGAUCUCCCGCUGGCCUUUCACAAACCGACAAAAAAGUGGCUGGACGUGUCCGAGUCUGAAAGGAUUGUGCGGUUUGGGACCGAGCCUUAAAUGGACGGAGCCAUGACAACAUGAAUCAGUCGUACAAAGUGGCUGCCAGGGAUGGCCCGGGAAGUCUUCCUGACCUGCAGGACCCGCAGGCCCACGAUAGCCGCGUCGCUUCCUGCGGGCUCCACCACGGUGCUGCAAAGCGGCAGGCGGACCAGCCGUCGACGGUUCGGCUGCAGACCCCUAUCUGCAAGCACUCAACGCUGUACUACAAUCAGAGAGAGUCCACGUCCAACUACAGUCCACUCAGGAAGCUCCAAGACUUGACCAGCAUGGUCAGCAGGCCUGACCUGAGCCUGCAGGACAAGGACUAUAAUGGGCGGAGCAAAGCACACGUGGUGGGCUCCGAGUUCAGCCUUGGCCUGGUCCGCUCCCCUCUGUCUCACGGACAUGGUGCGGACGAGACUCCGUACAGGAACGUCCAGGACCUGGACAAAAACGGGUUUUCCCCCGUCAGCUCGGACAGCCUGGAACACUUCUCGCCCAUUCCCAACGGAUUCCUGCAUUUCGAGUCCAGCCUGUUUGACAGCGGGGACAGCAAGGACGGCCAUGAGGAGGAUGAGGAGGAGGAUGAAGACGAGGUGGUGUUCAAACCUUCUUCCAGAAAAGGGCAGAAAAAGGAUUUUCUGAAUGCGAAAAGCUCCUACUCUUCAGGACUGGACCUGAGCUCCAACUCCACCCGACACGAACCCUUUAAUCCACUUCCCAAAAACACUUCACGUCCAGAACCCCCCGCCAGCCCCCCUCAGCUGCCCGUGGAGGUCAUGCUGGAGGAUUUUGACAGUAUGGAUGAUAGCUCGGAUAGCGAUUGUGAUCUACCCAGCACUGAAAACUGCGCAGCGAUGUUCAACACCAGCCUGUCCCGAAGGCCGAGCUCGCCCAGCGGCACGCUCUCCAGUCCUUGUAACAGCCCAAAGAAGAAGCCUCUCCCCGGAGUGAAGUAUGCAGUUGGAGAUGUUGUGUGGGCAAAGUUCAACCGUAGACCCUGGUGGCCCUGCCGGGUGUCUAUAGAGCCCCUGAGCGAGAGCCACACCAGAAUGAAAGAGCCCAGUCGGAGGCCGUGCCGUCUGUAUUUUGUCCGGACGUUUGGGGAGAUCAUUGACCAGGCAUGGGUUUCAGGGAAAGCCACGUACCCUUUUGAAGGAGGCCAUCAGUUUGAGAAACUCCCUGUGCUGAGACGACGAGGCAGACAACGAGAGAAGAGCUACAAAUACACGGUUCCUAAGCGUCUGAUGCCCCAGUGGAAAGCCGGCGUAGAGGAGGCAGAGGCAGCUAUGCCGGUGCCUCUCAGCAAUAAACAUCCACCUACCCCUGUCAGAGAGGUACACUCCCCUGUUAUGGAGACGAGGACACCCUCCCCUCCAGCUUGCUCUACCAUCCAUCGUCUGCACUCACCCAGUCCCAUUUUCUUCAAUGGACACGACCUUUCCUCCCCGAGCCCACCCAAAGCCAAAGAGGCACGGAAAAAGAAACUGUCGGUUAAGAAGAAAAACUGCCCACUGUUGAGAAGUCCUAUGAAACUGAAAGAUGGAUUGUUCUCCAAACUGAUGUCCAACCCCGCGGCGGACAUCCCUAAACCACCCGCACACGAUUUUGAAUCGGACGCCAGGGACUGUCCAUAUUUGGACAUCGAUUCGGUUCCAAGGAUAUUAUGUCCAAAACGCUCCGAGGAGCUGCCGGACGCAGUGCUGGACAAAGAGCCCAUCCCUGAACCGAAGGUAGUGUGUGAAAAACCUUUGAGAAAGAAAACAAGAAAGGUCCAGAAGAUGGAGAAAACCACUGCAUCUGCCUCAAAACGCUCGCCAGACAAAAAGGCGACAAACUGCAAGCGAUUAGGAAGCACAUCCCCAAGCUUGUCGGAUGGGAUGUUCGAGAUGCACUCUUUCUACUUGCCAGCCAGCUGUGGGCUUAUGUCCAGGGCCCUGGCAGCCUCUGAUGAACCUGAAAACCAAGACGGUCCAAACUCUAGCCAUGAAUCCCUGUCUCCACCUCCUCCUGCAAACGACCCCGACUCGUUUUCUCCAAUCGCGGACGUGCAGGAGAGUGCAGACCAGCAUUGGCAGGUUAAAACAGACUCUUUAGAGGACCCUACAAACCCAGCCUUCUCUAAUCACAGAGGAAGUUCUCCAAACCCCACUCUCCUGAAACUGACCAGAGUUCGGUCAGACAAGAAGCGUACCCAGAACGGACCUCAUUCAAAAGCUAAAGAGCCCAAGUCAGAGCCUUCGGAAGAUUUGGUCAGCGUCGUCAAAACAGAGAAAGAAGCAAUCAUCUCCUGCUCAUCUUCCUCUUCUUUCACCCCCUCUCCUUCAAGUUCACCCAUGGGGGCCUCAUUCCGUGAUGCCCAGGAGUUGUCCUUUAAGUCCCUGGUGAAGGAGGAGCACGUCUCGGACGAGCCCCCGUUGCGUGCCGACUCCAACUACAAGUUCAGCACUUUUCUCAUGCUGCUGAAGGACCUGCACGACAGCCGGGAGAAAGAGGGAAGGCCGCUGACUCUUCCUCCCUCCUCACCUUCUGAGCUCAUCAAGCAGGAGCCUGCAAUGAUCCCUGCUCCACCCCCUGAGCCCUCCUCUACUCCUGAGGACAUCAGGGUUGAUGAGAAGGACGAGAAGGCGACUACCCCUGUUCAGAACGGACCACAGGGAAAAGCAGCACCCGUCAACGGUUCCAGACAGAGCAAAUCCAAAACAAAGUCUGCAGGGAAAAAGGAAGCUCAGAAGGAUAGCGGAAGCAACAUGCUUUCUCAGGUUUUGGACUCCAGCAAGGAACUUAAGCAGCAGAACUUGCCUGAAGCACUUGAAGCGAAAGCGACUGUAACGGAGGAGCUUUUGAACUGCCACUCCGAGCCUGCUGCCCCCGAGACACCAGGCACCAGGGGUACCGUCUCCACUGUGGCACCAAAGAAGCGCUGGCAGACGUUUGAGGCUGAGGCUGGAAAGAGCUCCAAGCCAAAGAGCGAUCAGGGCAGUGUUCUGGAACAGGACGGGGACAGGCUACCCUCCAAGCUAAAUGGAGUAUUCGAGGAGAGUGUCAGAAGCCCCCAGUCCAGUGCUCAAGAGAAGAAAGACAGCUCUGAGUGCAAAAGGCUUCGAAAGCCGAGUAAGAGGCUGAUCGAGUGCGGAGAGGAGUACGAGCAGAUCUUUUCUCCAAAGAAGAAAACGAGGAAAACCCCAGAGUCCUCUAAAACAGGGGCUUCGAUUAAUAACACUAAUUUUGACCAGACGCCUUCAGAACCUCAGCCGGCAGACUGUGUGAGCUCAGCGGUGGAUCAGCAGUCUGAGGAUUCAACAACAGAACCGGCUCAGCAGCCUCAACAACAGCAGCCUGCUCCAGAAGAGCCUGAUAACACACCUCCAUUACCUCCCUUAUCCACUCCUCCUGAAGCUCGAUCACCAGAAGCAGAACUUCCCGAGAAGAAACCUGCAUCUUUAGAAAGGAGGAAACCAAGGAAGCCCACCCAUAAAGUACUGCAGUGUGCCAUCGAAGUGGAGAAACUCAGGAUCCCAAAGAAGAAGUUAAAGCAACAGGGUAGCUGGCCAGAGGAAACCAAUGACAAAGAAUCUCAGAAAAAUGAAGUGCCUGGAACCACUCUGUCCAGCCCACCUUCUGUGGCAGGUGUCACGUCUGGACCACGUAAUGCACAGAUGCCCGCUUCCAAUCAGCCUGUAGCACCCAGCGUUCCCCGGAGCCGCGAGACCAGACACAGCCGCACUCUAGCAGAGCCCAAAACGGCAGAGCAGAGCCAGCCUGAAAUCUUGAGACCAUCAAACACGGAGGCUGCACUGAAUGAGGCUCUAAUCCCAGUCAGAGACUCACUGACUACUGAUACAGGGCUGUCCAACGGCAGGAAACUAUCAGAGAAAGGAGGAGCCGCUUCACUGAAAGAGAAUGUUUGUCAGGUGUGUGAGCAGCCAGGGGAGCUGCUGCUGUGUGAGGGUCAUUGCUGUGGAGCUUUUCAUCUGCAGUGUAUCGGCCUCAGUGAGAUGCCCAGAGGACGCUUCGUCUGCAAGGAGUGCAAGUCUGGUUUGCACACGUGUUUUGUGUGUAAGCAGUCCGGGGAGGACGUCAGGCGGUGUAUGGUUCCUGUGUGUGGGAAGUUUUAUCAUGCGGAGUGUAUUCUAAAAUACGCCCCCACGGCCCCUCAGAACAGAGGCUUCCGGUGCUCGCUCCAUGUCUGCCUGGCCUGCUACAUCACCAACCCCAACAACCCCUCCAUCUCCAAGGGUCGUCUGACCCGCUGUGUGCGCUGUCCAGUGGCUUACCACGCUAACGACUACUGCAUGGCUGCUGGCAGCGUCCCGCUGGCCAACAACAGCAUCCUGUGUCCAAACCACUUCACCCCCCGCAAAGGCUGCAAGAACCACGAACACAUCAACGUCAGCUGGUGCUUCGUCUGCUCUGAAGGGGGCAGUCUGCUGUGCUGUGAGUCCUGCCCUGCUGCUUUCCACCGCGAGUGUCUGAACAUCGAAAUGCCUCAAGACAGCUGGUACUGCAACGACUGCCGAGCUGGCAAGAAGCCCCAGUAUAAAGACAUCCUGUGGGUGAAAGUGGGCCGCUACAGGUGGUGGCCUGCUGAGGUCACUCUUCCCAAAAACGUUCCUGAGAACAUCCUCCGCAUGAAGCAUGAAGUGGGCGAGUUCCCCGUGCACUUCUUCGGCUCCAAAGACUACGUAUGGACCUACCAGGCCCGCUGCUUCCCCUACAUGGAGGGGGACGCUAGCAACAUCGAGAAGAUGGGGAAGGGCACAGACGCCGUCUACAAGAAAGCUUUAAAUGAGGCAGCUGAGCGGUUCAGAGAGCUGCAGGCUGAGAAGGAGAUGAGGCAGCUUCAGGAGGACAGAAAGAACGACAAGAAACCCCCACCAUACAAACACAUAAAGGUGAACCGGCCGAUAGGGAAGGUGCAGAUCCUGACUGCAGACCUGUCGGAGAUUCCGCGCUGUAACUGCAAGGCUACUGACGAGACCCCGUGUGGCAUGGACUCGGAGUGCAUCAAUCGUAUGUUGAUGUACGAGUGCAACCCACAGGUGUGUGCGGCUGGAGAGCGCUGUCAGAACCAGUGCUUCACUAAGCGCGAGUACAGCCCGGUGGAGAUCUUCCGCACUCUGUCCCGGGGCUGGGGGCUUCGCAGCGUCUCCGAAAUCAAAAAGGGUGCCUUUGUGAGUGAGUAUGUGGGUGAAAUGAUUGAUGAAGAGGAGUGUAGGGCCAGGAUAAAACACGCACAAGACAACGACAUCAGCAACUUCUACAUGCUUACGCUGGACAAGGAUCGCAUCAUCGACGCGGGACCGAAAGGGAACGAGGCGCGCUUCAUGAACCACUGCUGCCAGCCAAACUGCGAGACGCAGAAGUGGACGGUGAACGGGGACACGCGAGUGGGGCUGUUCGCUCUGGAGGAUAUCGGUGCAGGAGUGGAGCUCACAUUCAACUAUAACCUAGAAUGUCUAGGGAAUGGGAAGACUGUGUGUAAAUGCGGAGCUCCCAACUGCAGCGGCUUCCUGGGGGUGCGACCUAAGAACCAGCCGCCAUCAGAAGACAAGGGCCGCAAGCUGAAGAAGAGGGUCUCUGGGAAGAGGAAGAGUCAGUCAGAGGUGAUUAAGGAGCGAGAGGACGAGUGUUUUUACUGUGGUGAUAGCGGACAAAUCAUCUCCUGUAAGAAGCCUGGAUGUCCAAAGGUGUAUCACGCAGACUGCCUGAACCUGAACAAGAGACCAGCAGGUCGCUGGGAGUGCCCGUGGCAUCAGUGUAACGAGUGUGGCCGGGAGGCGGCAUCUUUUUGCGAGAUGUGUCCCAACUCCUACUGCAAGCAGCACCGCGACGGCAUGCUCUUCAUCUCCAAGCUGGACGGAAAACUGUCCUGCAGCGAGCACGACCCGUGCGGCCCGGACCCGCUGGAGCCGGGCGAGAUCCGCGAGUACGUGCCCGGUACCUCCCUCCUGCGCCCGCCGCCCAAUCUAGGGGGCCCAGGACUCUCCAUAUCCAGGUUACCACAGUCUGCGCUGGCGAACGCUGCUCCACUGUACAUCCCUGCCCCCAGCAGACCGGGAUUCGGGGGGCAGCCCGGAGCGUUCGAGGAUGAAGUGGUGAUGGACAGUGCGGUGCUUCCUGCUCCUCUCGUCUCCUCUCGUCGUCGGAAAGAGGUGAAGGGAGACGACUUCGGCCGUGAGGAAGGAGAGGUGGUGGAAGGAAUGAUCGGGGACGAGGUUGAGGAUGAGGAACUGGAGAUUAUAGGCGACGAGGACGAUGAUGAUGAGGAGGAUGAGGAUGAUGACGAUGAUGAGGAGGAGGAUGAGGAUGAGGAGGGGGAUGGUGUGGACUAUGGAGACCUGGGCUUUGAGGAGGAGGAGGAGGAGGAUGGAGAGGGGUUUGAGGAAGACUGGGGGGAAGACGGGUGCGUAGAUGAAGACUUUGAUGCUGACGGCUUAGGAGAAGUGGAAAUGGAGCCGGAAGCGUCGUAGGAGGAAACGAAAGCCCUUUCUUUCUAAAAUCCAUCCAUCAGGUCACAAGCUCUUCAGUUCUGACUAGACGUCAGCCCAGUGCUGCGUGAGAGCAGCGUGAGCGAGGAGCUGGAACAGUGCUGGAGCCUGUGUUCAUAUUUGAGAAUCUCGUGAGAGUGCUGGAGCUCAGCGCUCAUACUGUGGAGGUGCUUAGUGAAUCCAGGCUCUGAAGAUUGUCUAAUUUAGUUCUCGACUGAAUGCAAAGCAACUCUUUUUAAUUCUAAUGUGUGACGGACAUGUGCAACAUGCGGUCGAUUACGGGGAUCAGCUUGCCUUCUCUACCCAGGUCCUCUUUAACAGCUCCAUAAAGGGGGGACUGGACGUGGUGCUGUGGGCCUUUGACUGUUUUUUCCUCAGUCAGAGAAGUCCAGUAGUGGGUGUAAAGUUACUGUCUGGUGCUCUUUUGUGUUUGCUUUGUUUUUUUCUUUCCACCGACUUGUUUACAUGGUUCUCUUUGGCAAAACAUGAUGGCGAAGGGUGGCGUCCGGUGCAGCGCGUGGUCACGCAGGGGGCAGCAAACACACUUAAUACAGUAUCUUAAGAUGCAAAACUCUUAACGGUAUUUGUGAUGCACUUUUAGACCUUGAUCAUGCUAUCAUCCAGCUGGUAGGUGGGCUGUGUGCACGCCCUGUUUGGGCACAAACAUUGACUGAAUAUAAAAAAAAAAGCAGUGGGUUACUUAUCAAUCCAGUUAUUUCAAUCCAAAGCCUUUAAGGUGGAAAUAUUAAUUAUCAAAGGUGGAUGGCAGGGACUUCAUAAAACCAUCCUAAAACAUAGUAUAAUAACAAAUAUGUGUAUUAAACAUCUCAUCAUCAUUAUUGUUGUGGAAACCACAUCUUAAGACCACCUAACUAUCUGAAUUUGUUAGAUAAACGCCUGAUUAGUCCAAAAUGUUCAUUAUAUCAAACUACAACUAUUAAAAUUCAAAUCUUGGGUCUAACUCACACACUGUAUUCACACUGGCAGAUGAUGGCAUAGCUGUGUAGCAUGCUGGCUAAUGUAGCAAGCUAUCAAGUUGUCCACUCUCUAUUUUUCUUUCUCUAUUUUUAAUUUAAAAAUAGACUUUCUCUAUUUUUAAUUUAAAUUAUUCCUGCAUUUGUGGAAAAAAUAGACGUUUUAAGAUUUUUCCACACUGCUGAAAAGAAUUGGAACCAAUAGUUUAGAAAGCAGAAGCUGCGGAGACAUUAUAGGGCCCGAGAAUCGGCAAAUCAAAUUCGUCUAGUCUGUUUACAGUAUUGCUUUAUUUUCAUAAAGUUUAACUCAAAUAAAUAAAAUAGUCAUAGUCAUUGUCACUCUGUCACCUGCUAGUGUGAACACAGGUUAAAAAAAGGCCACCAUACAAAUAAAGCUAUAAUUAUUAUAGUUGUAAUCAUGAUUAUUAUGUAACACUGAUUCUGCAAAUCUACAGGGAAAGACCUGUAGUUACUGUGAUCUCGCAACAUUCCCAGUAUUUUCAGGUUUUAUGUCCGCAGUGAACUUUGAGCCGUGUCUGAUCUGCACCUCGGUUACCUUUCAGUGAGGUAUUGCAUCACCGUGAGUCAGCUAGUCAGAGCCAGUCAGGAUUAGUGAAAGCGGCUCCAUGGACGUACAGUAGUUUUAGCUCAUGUUAAGAGUUUACUGUUGCUCUGAUCAAUCAGCUCUUUAGCCAUUAACUUAUGGCAUGUUUUGAACUAGCAAACCUUUAAAUUUGUGUUUACAGAUGCAAAAAUUUAAAUUUCUGAUUUAUUUCCUGAAAUUCAGAUUCAGAAAUUCAGAAUAUUUGGAAAUAUGGUUCCACUUUAAAACAAGGCUCCUUCAGAAUAGGUUAAUAAAUAGUUUAUAAAGUAGUUUAUUAAUGGUUAUAAAUUUAAGUUGCAAAAAAUGAAUAAGCACUUUUUGAAUAUAUCUAAUAAAUUAAUAUAAAAAAGUCAAUUUAGUCAGUUUAAUAUGUUAUUAUAGCUGAAUAAAGAACGUUAUUAACAGAAAUGUUAAUGAUGACUGGUAGAAAAGACAAAGUAAGAUUUAAUAAGCAUCUAAUAAGAUCAGAGAUUUAACAAUAUAAAUAAUAUGGAAUCACUAUGUGGUAAGGGCCAGGCCACUGAUGCCUGUUCUAUGUAUGUAUUGUAACUGCUUAUUAUGGUUUAUAACCUUAUUAAUAAUUAUUAAUAAACUAUAUUAUAAACCCUUUAUAAAGGAGCCUUAUUUUAAAGUGGUAUUCACUGUAUUAAAUAAAAAAAUAACAAUGUUUUAACAUUUUGAAAUUUUUAAAAAUUACAUUUUACUUAAGAUUUUCUAUAUUUGAAAUUAGCCUUAAAGGUCAGAAAGUUGAAGUGAUAAAUUAAACUAGAAGUAAAAUAUUAAACUGAUCCUCACGGACUCUCAUGUUGUAGUUUUUAUCUCUACAGAGCUGUUAAAGAGCUGCAUUUUGGGACCUCACAGAUAUAUGCACCACUACCACUGUUCACCAUUUCAUCCUAAGUGAAUCCUUAUAUUCCACCCCAACUAACUGGAAUCAGAAUCAGAGCGCCCCCUUCCAUGUGGAAAGUCCAGUAUCCAGAAAUCUGUAUGUUUUAUUUGUGUUUUAUACUGUAUGUGCACAUCUUCUGGUUUGGAAACUUGUCUCACAAUUAAAUUUGCUCUUGACCAGUUAAAAGAGAGAGAGAGAGCGAGAGAGUGAGAGACUUCUGACUUAAAUGAAGGAGAGGCAUCACAAAUUUUUAUAUGUUCAGAUGUUUUUGAACGAUGAGUUUGAAUGCAUUUUUGGAUUACAAUCAGUCUAUUUUGAUAACGACGACCCCCGUUUGAUGCAAUGUGAAACACCUUAACCACCACUUUUUACUUUCUUUUUUUUUACGUUAUUUUCUUCUUUUUUUAAAUCUUUGCAAUGACCAUCUUUGUUACUUGCUUUCUUCGUCUUCUGUGUAUCCUUUUACAGCACAAGCGUUUGCAGCCUUUUCCUUUAGUCUCUUCAUAUUUAUGGACUCGUAGACUCUGUUUUUCCACUUGUGUACCUGUUUGUUUUUUACUCUUGGGUUGUGGCCGUGUUCGUGUGAUGUUCGUCGCUGUGCCCCGGCCUCCUCUGGCCCCUCGCUGCCGUGAAGAAAACGAAACACAAAUCAGAUGCUCUGGGGUGAUCUGGGCGAAACGUUUGCUGCCAUUUUAGAAGACUCUUGAACCGUACUGUACUCCUUUGUGUAUAUUAAAUAUUAUAAGUAAAAUUUUACAGUAGAAACAGA